AUGUAUGCGUAUAUUAUUCGACAUACGCGUCGAACAAUUCAUGUUCAACAACAACGGCAAACUCGUAAUAAACGAGAUUUACAGGUUCUUAAAAAUAUUGUAAUUCUUGUACUUGCUGCAAUGGGUGUUGGUUUAGCUACAGUAUUUACAUUGAUGUACUAUAUUAUUACUAAUUAUUUAAUUCCCAUCGCUUAUCAUUUACAAGGAUUGAGUAUAUCUGGUGGAUUUCUUUUGGGAUCGAUUGGUUUUGCAUUGAUUACACCACAAAUAUAUGAAACAAUUAAAAUACAGCGACGAAUAGCUACUUCUGUGAUGACGAUCAGAGAAAUUCCUCGAACAAUGAGUCAGACAAUAUGA